UACAAAAUGUAGCAUUAGACGGUGUCAAAGAUUUGUUUUAGACGGUGUUAAAGUAAUAACACCGUCUUAAAACCAAUACCAAUAUGCUCUUUUAAUUAAAAUAUUCAAUAAAAUUCAAAAGAACCCCAUCUAAUGCUUAAACACCGUCUUAUACUAAUUUUUGUAACCUUUAGACGGUGUUGUCUUUGAACACCGUCUUAUAAAUAUUCAAUAAAAUUCUAAAGAACCCCGUCUAUUGCUUAAACACCGUCUUAUACUAAUUUCUGCAACCUUUAGACGGUGUUGUCUCUGAACACCGUCUUAUAAUGCACUCAACAACCCACAAAACCUUCUCUCUUCAUAUCACCUCAUCUUCCAAGAUUUGCUCCACCAAAACCCUAGCUCCCUUUCACCUCUACGCAGUCGCACCCCUUCCCCUCGACGCAGCCACUCUCCUUCCAGUUCUACACAGCCUCAUCCAAUCGGGCAGGAUUUCCUUUCGAUUUGCUAGACGACGGAAGCGUUCCCUUUCGAUUCCACCUAUGAGACUGGAUGCCCAAAGUGCAAUUAAUGAUCUGAAUGGAAAAUGGCUCCGAAGUAGGCAAAUUCGAUGCAAUUGGGCGGCGAAUGGUGCUGUAUCGGAUGACAAACAGCGGUCGAAUACCAAAAGUGUUGUUGAAUUGACAAACGGAACUUCAGACGAUGGUCAAGAAAAGAUCAAUGAAGAUGCUCUGGAAAAUAAUCCUCAACACACAACCGUUUAUGUUGGCAAUCUGGCUCCUGAGGGUGGAUGGGAAUGCGGCUACAUAGUUCUCCAACAUAUGUUUGACUUUGUCAAUUUGUAUCAAAACCAGUUUCCCGAUGAAAUGUGGCACGACACGAGAGAGGCUACGGAUAAUGAAAUAGAUGUUUUGUUGAUGACGUUGAUGACGAAGUUUUUUAGUGAGUUAGGUAUUUCGUUAGAUUGUAGUUUAUUUAUACAAUUUAACGUAGUUUGCUAUGUAUUCACAAAUGAUUGUAAUUUGACGGGUUUAUUUCCGAAUUGGAUGUCUACGGGUUUAUUUUAGAUUGAAAUAUGUAUUGUUUUGGUUUGAUUUGA